AUGGCGCGAUACGACGUGGUGAUCUACGGUGCAACAGGUUUUACCGGUACUUACAUUGUGAGACAGCUUGUCAUGUCAAAACACUACGAGGGACUUUCAUUCGCCAUAUCUGGUAGAAACGAGUCGAAACUUCAACAAGUGUUGGAUACGGUCUCCAAGAAAAUCGGAAAGGAUAUAAACGCAACGCCCAUAAUUAUCGCUGAUUCGUCAGACGAGAAGUCAAUGACCGAGAUGGCGAAGAGAGCAAAGGUCAUUGUAAACGCCGUUGGACCGUAUCGUCUCUAUGGCGAGCCAGUUGUUAAGGCGGCUGUUGAAAAUGGUGCAAGCUAUGUGGAUAUCUCCGGCGAGCCAGCUGUUGGUUUAUUUUCCUUAUUUUAG